CCCAGCAAUAAAAAAUCGAACUGAUUUUAGGGUGUUGAAAGAACGGUUACUUCCAUUAGGCUUUAAGCCGAAAGGUAAUUUCAUUCAGAUUGUUAGAUGGCGCAGGUAUAGAAGAAAUAACAAAAUGAAUAUUGAUGCUAAAUACUUAACUGAUGGGGCUGUCGGAGGUGCGAUUAUUCAGAACUGUAAGGGGGAGAUGCUUCGUGCGAUUAGCUUUCAGGUCACGGCGUCGUCCUCCCCGGUUGAGGCUGAACUGAAAGCGAUGAUGAGGGCGGUAAAAUGGGCUGACGACGAGGGAUUUGCUGAUUUGCAGGUGGAAUCGGAUUCGAUUGAGGCUCUUGAGUUGAUGAAGAAUGAGGAUACAAGAAGAUGGUCUGAUCUACUUCAGUAAACCAGACUGAUUGCAGAUAGGAGAGGAAUGAUUUUCGGACAUACAUUACGGCAGGAUAACUGGGUUGCCCACUACAUUGCUGCAUCUCAUAGGGGCUGCUAUCCUCAGGUGUUUAAUUGGUCGGAUUCAUUACUCAUUCGUGCUAAACGGGCUUAUUUCAUGGAUCAGUUUGGCAUUCCAUCGAUAAGAUUUUAAUUUCUUCUUCUUAGAUUUUAAUGUUAUUCCUUCUUGUCUGUUUAAUUUUGGCUCUGAUCUGUAUUUUUUCCAUUGAGUUUUGGCCUAGUCCCCUCAAUGGACUUUGUUGUGUUUAUUUUUGUUCCAUCAGUUGUAUUUUGGGGUGAAUGCCUCUCAGGAGGGGUUUUGGUUUGGUCCCGCCCUCUUUAUGUACUCCUCUCUAUUUUUAAUAAAAUCUGGUUAUCCCACUGAUUUUAGUGGUUUGCCUUCUGGGUUUAAAA